AUGGAGACUGAGCUUUCAAGACGGGAUAUGGAAAUGUAUGAGGAAGAAAUGGAGUUUGAUGAAGUUGCUGUUUAUUUCUCGGAGGAGGAGUGGGGUUGUAUAACUGAAGAACAAAAAGAGCUUUAUAAGGAUGUGAUGAUGGAGAAUUACCAGGCCCUCAGGUCUCUAGGAUAUGUUCAUGUAAAACCUUUACUUGUUGCAAAGAUUGAGCAUGGAGAGGAGCCGUACGUGUGCAGUUUACCAGUCACCAAAGGAUAUAUUCAUGUGAAACCUUUACUUGUUACAAAAAUUGAGCAUGGAGAAGAGCCGUACGUGUGCAAUUUUCCAGUCACUAAAAGUGAAUUUACAAACUGCAGUAAUCCUUGUCUUGGGGAAAAUACAGAUACAUGUUUUAAUCGUCAAAAUCAAAGAAGCCACAUGAAACUUCAUACAGAAGAGAAAGUAUUUUCAUGCUCUGAAUGUGGGAAAUGUUUUGUUCGGAAACGAUAUCUUGUUUUGCAUCAGAGAUAUCAUAUCGGAGUAAAAGCAUUCUCAUGUACUGAAUGUGAGAAAUGUUUUAUUGCUCAAUCAGCUCUUCAUAGGCAUAAAAAAAUUCAUACUGGAGAGAAAGCAUUUUUAUGUUCUGAAUGUGGGAAAUGUUUUGCUCGUAAAACACAGCUUACCUUGCAUCAGAAAAUUCAUACAGGAGAGAGAGCAUUUUUAUGUUCUGAAUGUGGGAAAUGUUUUGCUCGGAAAUCAUAUUUAUUUAAGCACCAGAAAAUUCAUACAGGAGAGAAAGCAUUUUCAUGUUCUGAAUGUGGGAAAUGGUUUGCUCAUAAAUCAAGUCUUGUUAUGCACCAGAAAAUUCAUACAGGAGAGAACGCAUUUUCAUGUUCUGAAUGUGGGAAAUGGUUUGCUCAGAAAUCAAGUCUUGUUAUGCACCAGAAAAUUCAUACAGGAGAGAAAGCAUUUUCAUGUUCUGAAUGUGGGAAAUGGUUUGCUCAUAAAUCAAGUCUUGUUAUGCACCAGAAAAUUCAUACAGGAGAGAAAGCAUUUUCAUGUUCUGAAUGUGGGAAACGUUUUACAGAAAAUUCAAGUCUUAAUAAGCAUAAAAAAUGCCAUACAAGAGAGAAAGCAUUUUCAUGUUCUGAAUGUGGGAAAUGUUUUGUUUGGAAACAAAAUCUUGUUGUGCAUCAGAGAAUUCAUACUGGAGUAAAAGCAUUUUCAUGUUCUGAAUGUGGGAAAUGUUUUGCUAGGAAACAAAAUCUUGUUGUGCAUCAGAGUAUUCAUACUGGAGUAAAAGCAUUUUCAUGUUCUGAAUGUGGGAAAUGUUUUGUUCGAAAACGAAGUCUUGUUUUGCAUCAGAGAAUUCAUACUGGAGUAAAAGCAUUCUCAUGUACUGAAUGUGGGAAAUGUUUUACUGAUCAAUCAAAUCUUAUUAGGCAUAACAAAAAUCAUACCAGAGAGAAAGCAUUUUCAUGUUCUGAAUGUGGAAAAUGUUUUGCUCAGAAAUCACAUUUUGUUGUGCACCAGAAAAUGCAUACAGGAGAGAGAGAAUUUUCAUGUUCUGAAUCUGUAGGUCAGUGUUACUGUGACAAGGUGAGUACCUGUUUCUUGGAGUAUUGGGUUGAUUCACGUGUGACCAACAAGAAGUCGACUGAUAAGAACCAAACCUCAGAGAUCUACAUGCUGACUGGGAAGGAACAAAUGGAGUUUGAUGAAGUUGCUGUUUAUUUCUCGGAGGAGGAGUGGGGUUGUAUAACUGAAGAACAAAAAGAGCUUUAUAAGGAUGUGAUGAUGGAGAAUUACCAGGCCCUCAGGUCUCUAGGAUAUGUUCAUGUAAAACCUUUACUUGUUGCAAAGAUUGAGCAUGGAGAGGAGCCGUACGUGUGCAGUUUACCAGUCACCAAAGGUGAAUUUACAAACUGCAGUAAUCCUAGUCAUGGGGAAAAUACAGAUACAUGUUAUAAACAUCAAAAUCAAAGAAGCCACAUGGGAAAUUUAUGUUCUGAAUAUGGGAAAUGUUUUACCAGGAAAACAAAUCUUUUACAUCAGAAACUUCAUACAGAAGAGAAAGCAUUUUCAUGUUCUGAAUGUGGGAAAUGUUUUGUUCGAAAACGAAGUCUUGUUUUGCAUCAGAGAAUUCAUACUGGAGUAAAAGUAUUCUCAUGUGCUGAAUGUGGGAAAUGUUUUACUGAUCAAUCAACUCUUAUUAGGCAUAAAAAAAUUCAUACCGGAGAGAAAGCAUUUUUAUGUUCUGAAUGUGGGAAAUGUUUUGCUCGGAAAACACAUCUUAUCACACAUCAGAAAAUUCAUACAGGAGAGAAAGCAUUUUCUUGUUCGGAAUGUGGGAAAUGUUUUGCUCAGAAAUCACAUUUUGUGAUGCACCAGAAAAUUCAUACAGGAGAGAAAGAAUUUUCAUGUUCUGAAUGUGGGAAAUGUUUUAUUGAUAAACCAACUCUUAAUAAGCACCAGAAAUAUCAUACAGGAGAGAAAGCAUUUUCAUGUUCUGAAUGUGGGAAAUGUUUUAUUGAUAAAUCAGCUCUUAAUAGGCACCAGAAAAUUCAUACAGGAGAGAAAGCAUUUUCGUGUUCUGAAUGUGGGAAAUGUUUUGCUCAGAAAUCAUAUUUUAUUAUGCACCAGAAAAUUCAUACAGGAGAGAAAGAAUUUUCAUGUUAUGAAUGUGGGAAAUGUUUUGCUCGGAAAUCAUAUUUUGUUAAGCACCAGAAAGUUCAUACAGGAGAGAAAGCAUUUUCAUGUUCUGAAUGUGGGAAAUGUUUUAUUGAUAAAUCAACUCUUAAUAUGCACCAUAAAAUUCAUACAGGAGAGAAAAUAUUUUCAUGUUCUGAAUGUGGGAAAUGUUUUGUUUGGAAACGAAGUCUUGUUUUGCAUCAGAGAAUUCAUACUGGAGUAAAAGCAUUCUCAUGUACUGAAUGUGGGAAAUGUUUUACUGAUCAAUCAACUCUUAUUAGGCAUAGAAAAAUUCAUACCGGAGAGAAAGCAUUUUUAUGUUCUGAAUGUGGGAAAUGUUUUGCUCGGAAAACACAUCUUAUCACGCAUCAGAAAAUUCAUACAGGAGAGAAAGCGUUUUCAUGUUCUUAA